AUGACGGAUAAGUUUUCAAAAGCCACUAUCUCAUUACUCGAAGGUAAGCAUGUGCCCGAUUUGAUCUCCAAGGUGGUUAAAUAUCUUGACAGUACAUCGCCAUACCUUUCGUCCCCUCGACUGGAACUUUUCUUCUCUAACAUCGGUCUAGCCUAUCACUCUGCCUUUGCUGAAACCGACAUCAUGAGCACUCUCAAUCGUUUCAGCUGGUUCUCCCAGCAAAGUGACCCUCCAGCAUAUACCCCACAACCGAUAUCUGCAACCUCGCCGCGGAAUAUUCGGUCUUCUGGUUCCUCUGUUGCGGAUCAAGACCGAAUUCCGGAGAUAUCAAAUCCGGCACAAGAUAGAGUUCUGGAUGCAAAAUCUGUCGGGUCAGACAGAAGAAGGCUAGAGCUCGAGAAAGGGAUCUUGGAGAAAAAAAAAGGCUCGAUCGAAUCAGCUUCUGCCUAUAGCGAAAAGAACACGCCUGAAAGAUUACAGAAAAUAUCACCUCCGAAGGAGGGAAACGGCUCCUUUUCUUCAAACUUGACGCAAGAACGACCCAAGCGACGGACUUGCUGUGGAUGUGCCUGGAUAUUUCAGUCAUCUCGACCUUGCUGUCUGGCUGCAUUCUUUCUUAUUACGGCAGCCUUGGUGGCGGGGAUAAUCGUGACUGCCGUUCUUUUGACCAGGCGUGACAAUCCAGCCAGUGCAAGCUCCAGCUCCACCACGACCUUCACCUCGAUUGUCCAGUCUACUCAGACACUGCCAUUCACAGUGACCAGCACCACCACUAGCAUAACUACUUCGGUGGUAAUAGCUACAACGACCUCUUCGUCCACCCAACCGACAUCCGCAUUCUACCUCGGUGGAUUUGACGCAGUAGAGCAAGAUGACGAUAACCACAUGUUCUAUACAGACCAAGACGGUUCAAUCCAACACAUCAUCAACGAUGGAUAUGGAGAUUGGUACCGAGCAACCGAAACAACCAUGGGGUCGAACGUCAAACCAGGCAGUCCUAUUGCAGCUUCCCUGGCAAUAGAUAGUUCAGGAGACUAUACAGCGAUCCAUGUCUACUACAUCGACAACGAGAGCACGAUUCAAGGGAUGAUCAAGAGAUGCGACUACACCUCCUUAGAAGCCUGGAAUAUCGACCCGAUCGGGUCACUGGCCCUGAAAGUCGGGCCCUCUAUGUUCAUACGCAGCUGCGUUCCCGACAGUCACAACUAUACAUACGGGGAGGACGCCGAUUUAUACAUGUACUUCGCUUCUCCGGGAGGGAAGAUUAGGAAAUUUGGCUGGUGGUACUCCACUGGCCCAGCCGUUGACGGUUGGAAAGAGCUCUUUGAUUUACCACCCGUCACGCUCGGACGAGAAGUCGAAUGCGAAUUAGCCGGUGGCAUCGAGUCGCUUUGGAUAGUCAAUAACGAGACCAAACUCGUGGAGCAGUGGUGGCGGUCAGCCGCAGAUGGUAAAAAUUGGACACUUGGAAUCAGCGGCGUCGACCAAGUCCACCCACAAACAUCUCUCCUUUCGUUAUCAUCAAGCGAAACCAACCGCUCACACAUCAUCUUCCAAGCCGCCAAUCUAGACAUUGCCCGCUACGACAUCUCCGGCCUCGGGUCUAACGCCGUGCUUGAAAACAGCGUGGUCAUCCACUCAUCGUCCGCCACACCCGGCACCCGUCUAACGACGUGGGCCAAUUCGGGGUACUGUGGCAUGUACGUCUCGGUUUACUAUCAGCAAAGCAAUACCUCGGACCUUUACUACAAUGAAUUCUCGGACUUGUGUGAUUACGAAGGGAAUUGCUAUGUGAGUCCAUCAUAUAGCAGUGGUGAUGAUGACGAUGAGAGGAUGCCAUUGGUGAGGACGUAUGGGAAGAAUGUCAGUCAUAAGAAGAAGUUUACGGGAUGGAAGGGCUACCAUGCCGGGUACGGGCUAUGCAUGCCCCUCAAGAAGGUGAAGCCCCUUGCUGCACAGAAGAUCAUUCCCAUUGUCUGCGUGGAUUCUAUGGACAAACCCGAUCCUUUGAUAAAUGCGAUUCGAAAUUCGGGGUUGAACGCCGUCAUUGACUGUACGGCGGCCUGUAAUGACAGCCACAACUUCCUUCCCGGGGGGAGGUAG